AUGCAAACUGAGGGCGACGUAAAGAAGAUGCCAUUGCACAAACAACCCCUUUUCCGCCAUGAAGGGCUUAAUUUGGGCCAUCAGCGGCGAGUUUCUGGCUACAAGUCUGACGUGUCACAAGGCAACACAGCUGACCCUUCAGUGUCCGUGUUAUUGCCCAGUCCUGUAGUUUCGAAAACCCCAAGAGGGAACAUAGUAUCUGGAAGCGGCAACCGCAGCAAUCCUAGCGUGUCUCUUCCAAAGAGGGCAGGUAAAGACUUUCGGCAGGACAGCCGUAACUCCAUCCAAGGGUCCGUAUCGACCAUGGUGAGGGUGAAGGGAAGGGUGAAGCAGUCCACCAAAGCUCCAUCAACAGUUGUAUCAACUAGCACAACUGCUACUACCGCCAACUCGAUGCUUGAUGCGGGCUCUUUGGCUGAUAGGGACGGUGGGGCUAUAGAUUUACCGAUUAGUUUUGGACCAUACAAAGAUACACCGCAUAGCAGACCGAUGAUGGUGAAGAGUAGUAUGCAACACGCGGCUCUGCUGGAAGAACACACCAUAGGUGAGGUAUUUCGGGAGGCCUAUAAUGAGAAGCUACGUCGUGGUAUUGAGAGUGUGCUUGAGACCCUCCGUGAUGAAUUGCCUAAAGAUCACAUUUACCUUCAGCUCAUGUCGGAUCCUACAACCGAGCAGUACUGCCGCGUUCGACUGCUAGAAAUAUUAGAAGCCUUUCUCUACUCCACGCAAGCACAACACUACCAUGAGCUUGUUGAAGAGCUCUCAAAAAGGGAAUUAGAAAAUUAUUCCAUGCUGCGGCAUCUAGAAGAGGUGGAGGCAAAACUUGAACAAUGCAAUGCUGCAUUAGAAACUAGGUCGCAGUCUCAAAGAUAUAUACACUACAGUAAACAAACACAAGUGGGCACUUCUCAGGCUGAUUUGAGCGUGAAAGACUUAAAUAUUUAUAAUCCCAUGAGUGAAGAGACAGCCCGAAGAGAGUUGAUGAAAAUACUGGAAGCAACCACACGAGAGCUGGAGUUGGAGCGCACGCGGCAGGCGCUGGUGCUUCCCGCGAAGUUGGCAGAGGUCGCCCACGCGGAGCCGCGCUAUGUUGAGAAGUUCGACUACGUGGCAGACGUGAUUUCCGAGCUGUUCCGGUGCCUGAACGGGUUCCUACGCCACAUCGACGGCUCCUUGGAGAGUGUGGAGGCGCUGAGGCAGGACCUGAGCCCUGGGCUGGGAGGAGGAGGCGGAGAGGGCGAAGGGUGCGGUAGCAGCGCGCAUGCCACGCGGCAGCAGCGGUCCUACAUUCAGAGCCUCAGCGAGCGCGUGCGGGAUGCGCAGGUUUUGGUAGGCCGCGUGCUGGAGAGGGCGGCCCAGGACUCGCAGCAGCACCGUCGUGAGGUGCAGCAGCUGGAGCGUUCGCUGGAGGUCGCGCGGGCGGAGGCCGCUGCGGUGGCGAGCGGGGUCGAUACGACGCGGCAGCUGCAGGGCAGCCUCGAGGCGCUGCGGCAGGAGUACCAGCAGACGAUCGCGCGGGAGAGCGAGGAGAGCCUGACGCGGUUUCACGCCCUGCGAGCGCAGCUGGACGCUGCGCUGGAGGAGAACCUGCAGGGCCGUCGGGAGCGGCAGCAGCUCCAGCAGGUUGUUGAGGCGAAUCAAAUAGAGAUCCAGGAGCUGCAAGGCGACCUGGAGCGCGUGCAGCGUGGGGAGCGGCUGAGCACGGCGACGGUGCAAACACAGCAGGCGGAGAUCCGGGCGCUGCAGGGCAGGCUGCAUGACUGUGAGAACGAGGUGCUGUGCACGCAGGUAGAGCUGCACAUGGCGACCCUCGAGGGCACGUGCUACGAGUACCGGGUGGCGAAGCUGGAGACCCUGCAAGGGGAGGGGUACGAACCCAUGGUGAGGACGGCACUGCACGCGCUGCAUCGGUUAAGGGAGGAGCUGCACCACGCGGAGGCGCAGCGUCGGCUCGCCGAGGCGGCCCGCUUUGAACGAGCUCAGCGCGUCUGUAUUGAGGAUCUUUCCCUAUUACUUAGUUCCAUGCGUGAGGAUGCCGAUCUUUCUGAGACUGUCCUGAAUCUCAUGCCGGAUUUUUUAUCUGCAGGUGCUGAAAAGAUAACUCCCCGUUCCCAACUACCGGUCUCUGGCGAUGCCUCCAAUGGUGCACUCGUGGGCGAUGGGCACCCGUCGCUAAACGGCAGACACCAGCCCCCGUCGACCCUUGACGGUCUUGUCAAGGCUCUUAAACGUGCUUAUGAUGAGCUUCGCACCCAGCAGGCGGCGUGGCAAAAGGCUCUAAGGAGUUUUCGUUUCGCGCUUGCUGAGCGUGACGCCCAAAUCCAAACCCUGCAAUCGUCAGAGCAACAGCUUCGUGACUUGCUUCAGGCCGAACAAGAGCGUGAGCGGCAGUGGAGAGGUAAUAUGGAUAUGCUUGUUGAAACAAAGUCAUUAAAAGAGCUUCUCGCACGCCAAGAAUCACUUUUGCAGGCAGUUACCGAAGAACGUAACACGCUCAGAAAGCAGUGGUUGGAGCUUAAUGAGGAUUAUAUUGCCAUGGAGAGACGUAAUGGUAUUUUGCAUGAACGCUGCUCGGAAAAAGAGUACGAGAAUGCCAGGCUUACUGGUCUUGUAGAGUCUCUUCGUGGUACUAAUAGGAGCCGGGCCUUUUUGCCCGUCGCCGUCUCUCCCACGAGGGCUGAGGUUGUAUGCACCCCUCCUGCAAAGUCGUCAACUCCAGCGAAGGGAAGGUUGUUAGGCCACGAGGGUAGCGUGGCUGAAUAUGUGUAA